AACCGCUUGCCUGUCGAUAAUAUAAUACUGGCGCAUCUGCAUAAUGACGAGCUUCAACGGUUAAUAUAUUCUGCCGGUUUUAUUCGAGAUAUGAUAAAUUAUUGAAAUAAAGCGGAAACAAGAAAUUUGUCGUCGGUCUCGGGAUUCUCUCCGGUUAGCCGAGAUGUAUUGAACGUGGAAUACAUACACUAUCAAUCAACGGAGCAGUCGCACGUUUGAAGCGGUAGAGUAAUAACGUUAUAGUUUUUCCACUAGUUCGUGGAAGGAAACCGAACGAAACUCGGUGGUUUUAUUGGUAUCAAAUCGCGAGUGAAGCUAAACUAGAGUAAAGCUAAUUUAUAAGAUUGGUGAUAAAAUCGUUACCGUCACAUGAGAACAGUUUACCAGUGUCCAAUAGCAUAGAUUGUGUUGUGAAUAUGGUGCUGAAUGUAGUGUGGCUUUGAUACAACUGAUUGAAGUUACGAUUCACGGUACAAUUUACGGCUGUACGGUUCAGCGUGUGAAAAGUUAUCAACUAGUAGAAAAUUUAUUUUUCAUUUCAUUGCGUGCAGAGUAGCAUCUCCAUAAAUGAUUACCUUGUUACACGGGAACUUACUGCUUUAGUGAAACAGGAUCCCGCAGUGUGCUGUGGCCAUGCAUCAUUGGGUCGGACGACUGCAGUAAGGUGCCCAGGGCGCAGUGCUCAAUUUACGGUUUUUGCCAGUGUCCAGCGGGCCAUGUGUUUUCCACCGAUGUUACGCGCUGCUUGCCCGAAUCGCUCUACGGGGUAGCGUGCGAGGAAGCGGUGCAGUGUUCUCAUAUGCUUACCGGUGCCAAGUGCGAUGGUGGCUUCUGUACCUGUGACACCGAUUACACCUACGUUCGUGGACGAUGCCGUCAGCUGGCAAACCUGCACGAACCCUGCACUGAUGACAUUGACUGUUUCUUCAGCUACAAUCGCGAAGCAGUUGUUUGUCGGAAUAAUGCUUGCGAGUGCGCACUAGGUUUCUACGAAAGAAGUACAAAUGUGUGCCGCCGACGAGUUUCUCUCGGCGACGCUUGUCUGGUGAAUGAAGACUGCAGUGGAGAUGAAGUGGAGUGUCUGGCCGAUAAAUGCACAUCCACCGCAGAAUCCAAAACAUUUCGCGAUGUCGGUAUUCAGGUUAGAUCACUGGAAAAAGUGGAGACGAAAGAGGCUUCUUGGAAUAGUCAACAACAGCAGCAAACUAGUAAUAGCCGACAGAGCAGUUUCAGUGAAGAGCAUGGAGGUCGCAGGGAUAGCAGCACCAGUGGAUCCACCGCUAAGAGAUUUGAUACCACCGCAGCAUUUGGAGAUUCUUGUGCGGAGGAAAUGAAGGAGUGCACCGGCUUGCGCUAUUCGGUGUGCAAAGUGGGGCAAUGUCACUGCCGGGAAGGUUUCUACAACGUUGAUGGUGCUUGCAAGGCGGAACUUGGAGAACACGUUGAUUUCGCAGAAGAUUGUGGAGGUGGAAACUUUUCUCCGGAAGGUAGAUGCGUGUGCGCGAACAAUCAAUUUUACAACUAUCAUAUGAGAACAUGCUUAAAAGGUGUCCUCGGUAUUAACACAUCCUGCACGGCUAGCAGUCAGUGUUCACCGUACGGUGAAGCGUACUGUACUUCCGCACCGCCGAAGCGUUGCACCUGCUAUCCGUACGCCGAAUACGAUGCAAAGCGGCAGAUGUGCGUACGUAAGACCGGUUACGAGCAGUACUGCGAAGCAGAUCAACAUUGUCCGCUGGCAAAUGCUGAGUGUAGUGAGGAAAAUACGUGCGUUUGCAAGACCAACUAUUUCUAUGUCAACGAGCGUUGCAAGGCAGCGAAGGGUGGCAGCUGUGAUGCCGCGGAUGACUGCGGAUUCGAUAAGGCAAAAUGCGAACCGGAAGCCGAAUCUGAAUCGAAACAGUGCGACUGCAUAAAGGGACACAUCUAUCAUGAUCAAACCUGUUUGAAGGAAGCGGAAGAGUACGAGGAGGAAUGUGUUACUAACGAACAGUGCAGGCCGCUACUGGGGUCUCUAGCCAAAUGUAUGGACAACAAGUGCAAGUGCGAUGAGAGUGGCACGCACUACAAGGAUGGACAGUGCCAGGUCAAGAAGAAAUUCCGCCGUCGUAGACGUUUUAGAAAACCAAAUCCAAACGCUUUGAACGAGCGUUGCGAUCGAUCCAGCCAAUGUUACGUCGAAGAGGGUGACGAAAAUGUGGAGUGCCGGAACUCGUCCUGCCAGUGCAAAUUUGACUUUACCACGGACGUAGAACGGCAGCGCUGUGUCAAACCAAGCCGAGGAAAAAAUGCUUCUGGGCGACCCAGUCCGCUGAAGGUAAUCACCCUCGCACUGACUGGUGCGGCGAUUCUAAUCACAGGAUCAGCUCUACGGGAUGCGUAUUACAUGUAGAUUUUUUUCCGUGCUAAAUAGAUUUCAAUCAGUUGCC